AUGUUUCGGGCAUCUCUUCGGUCUGUAUCAGACCCUCUUCGUGAUAAUGUCUGUUGGUCUUGUUUAGCGCGGCGGCGUUUUGCCGCGCCGACAGGUCUGCGCCGAUUCCAACCUGUUCCUCUGCACCGAGCCCAGUUUGGCACUAGGCAUGGCAAGCUUCUCUCCGCAAAUGCCCAGGAGGCAUCGACGGCGACAGCACCGGAGCCGGAAGAUCUUCCAAAGCACAUCUCUCAACAAGGCGAAGCUUCAGGAGACGCUGCAAAUAACAAGGACCGAUCCAGAAAACCCUCAGCCGAAAAUGGGUCAUCCCCACACCCUCAAGCGGUGGCGAGGAGAGCGAGGCGAGCAGCUAGACAGCGGGACCAGCAACGAACGAAAGAGAAUGACGAGGCCGGUGAUAAAGAUGCCAAACAGGGACCGAGUCCCGCAAGUAAACGCAAAGCGGCCAUCGAGAAAGUCAACCAAAUAUUGGACGAGAAGGCCGCACCCAAGAAGGGACCUCGAGGGCCCAAAGGCAAGCUCUCUCAUGUGGCCAACUUCAUCAGCGAAAAGCACACUGGAGUGAUUGACGCGGAAAAGGACAAAUUAAAAGCUUUGGAUGUCCCCAUGGCUCCUGUGCCAGGUCUAUCCUUUGGCCUCGACCGAGUUCUUUUCAACCCGGGUGUCUAUCAGCUGCGAGACCCUCGAUCGCGAGUCUACAACUUUGACCCAUACCUGGGCCAGAUUAUGCCCGUCACCGAGUUCGACUUCAACGCAUUGAAGGAAUACAUCACAUCGUCCAAAGAUGAUACUCUACGGAGCCAUGCGAUCAAAGAGAAGAAGAAAUACAGCGGCUCAUCUUCCAGCAUGACAUCUGUUCUCUCCCAGUUCCACUAUCUUCUUUCUGCGUGGCGGGGCAUUGACACUCGCACCUUGUCUCAGGGAUUCCCAGACAAACUCCGUUCAUUCACUCGUCUUCUCCGAUCCCCAGCGGCGAUGUUCCUACAUUACCAAGACGGUGUGUACGCCAUUGAUGCAGACAAGGAGUUUGACUCGGCCAACAUCCUCAUGAACCUGGGCAAGUCGAUGGAAAAGCUUCUGACUAUGCCAAAGGAGGAUUUUGAGCGGUACCGACGGUCAAGCGAUAACAAAAUCUCACCUGAGGAGGAGCAAGCAAUCCCGGAGUCGUACCACUAUUCGACCUACAAAGACUUCAUAAUGCGCUCACAGUUGGACGCGUAUGACCCCCGUCUCCCGGGUACUGGCAUGUUUGACCUGAAGACUCGCGCUGUCGUUUCCAUCCGCAUGGAUGCCAAGAAUUUCGAGCAUGGUCUGGGUUAUGAGAUUAAGACACGCUUCGGAGACUUUGAAUCCUACGAGCGUGAGUUCUACGAUAUGAUCCGUGCCGCUUUCUUGAAGUAUUCUCUUCAAGUUCGCAUCGGACGUAUGGAUGGUAUCUUCGUGGCCUUCCACAAUGUUGAGCGUAUCUUUGGAUUCCAAUACAUCAGUCUCCCUGAGAUGGACCAGACUCUGCACGGAACAUCAAACACUGCUCUCGGAGACAAGGAGUUCGAGCUGAGUCUGGGCUUGUGGAAUGAGAUUUUGAACAAAGCAACGGCGAAAUACCCCGAGCAAUCACUUCGAUUCCACUUUGAGACUCGGGACGCGGCAACCCCUUUCAUGUAUAUCUUUUGUGAGCCUGUCACGAGCGAGGAGAUUCAAGCCAUCCAAACCUCCAAGAAGGCUGAAAUCGAUGCUUAUCAGCAGCGUCUUCUCAACCUCAAACCCAGUGAAGACGACAGCGACCUCGACGUUGCCCCGGUCGAAGAGACACCCGUGACGCCGGCGCCGGAGACAGAGACCGAAGACUCUGCCCCGAAGGGCGAGCUUCUUGCCAUGGCCCUGACCAUCCGUAACAAGGUCAAUGGAGAGGUCGUUGAUCGACCCACUGAAAGCUUCAGUGCCAGCGACAAGUGGGAAGUUGAGUACGAGAUCAGUGACCUUUCGCCCGCCCAAGGGCACUCCCUUUACAAGAUGUGCAAGACUCGUCGGAUGAGAGGUCUCGAAGGUCGAGGCGAGGACGAACUCGAAGUCGCUAGCAAUGUGUAUAUUCGCCGGCUUCGUCAGAUCAGCAAGGAGGGACGCAAACAUCGCGAGCGUGAGAAUCAGCUCGAUAAGGAGCUUGGCGUGGUCGUGUUGGAUGAGGGUGUGAAGGACAAGAGCUCCAAGUGA